AUGAUGUGGCGAUCCAGUGGAGUGUCGUUCACGCGCUACGCGUCUGAGAUGGCGGCUCUUUUGAGACAAUGCCUCAAGGAGCCCUACCGGACUCAGGCUAUGCAGAGGAACCAGAUUCAUCUGAAGGAAACGGUGUAUCAACAAGGCCAGGUCCUCACUCGAGAGACAUUCAACGACAUCAAGAAGGCCUUCGAGGCUGCCGCGAAGCAGGGGGGCGAGAAAUAG